AAGCAGCCGCAACCCAACCACUGUUUCUGAGCGAAAGACUUUCUCCUUUGAGGAUAUUCCUCUGGAACUGGAUAUGGGGAAGCGAUUUAUACUUGUGGCCUAAUGGCAGACGAAACGCUUCUCGAGAAAGUCCAUGAGCUCAGCGACUUGGAACUCGCUGCCCUGAUAUGCCUCGUUACGCAGGAGCAUUGUAUCAUUGAUACGGAGCCGCAUGCGAUAGAUGAUCUGGCGCAAGAACUACAAUUGGUCGCCUCAAAGGUCUUUGGUCUCUCUAAUGCUGUACUUGAUUGCCACGAGCAUACCAGUCUUGACGACUUCGCGCAUGCCAUAUUAUCCGUGGAGCAUAGUCCAACUCGCUCGAACUCGCCUGUGGCAACUCGACAAGAUUCAUACUUCCUCCAUCUGCCAGCAUUCGGAUCUGCCAAUAGAUCACCAGCCGCCGAGACUUUCAGCGACAACAAGACCAUCGCCAACGUAAUUAUCGCAAAGAACCUGGAUGAGGCUCCGAAGCAGGUACAGAUACAGGCACUGGAACUUAUGAGAACAAGGAGGAUAUACACAAGAACCUCAGUGCAGAAUGCGCCCAAACGUUUCUUGUUCAUUGCCUUGCUGGGUGGUGGAGAGGGACCCAGGUUGACGAAGCAUUUGAAUGACUACAUGUUCAUUUCGCAUUUCCAUGAUCCAGAAGAUGGGUUCCCGAACUUGGAAGAAAUGUACGAUGAUGGGAACUCCGUAUCGUCUGUGGUGAAGAAGAAUCCGAUCCCGGAUAUUGAGGGGUCGUUGUGGCCAAUAAUAUCAGCGAUUGAUGUCGAGCACUUAAUACGCCUCGCCAACGAUGCGGCGGUCAGUAUUGAAGUUAAGCGCUACCAACAGGAUAUUAUAUCCUUUUUACGGGUACAUAGAGCUGUAGCAGGUGGUAUAUCUGCCGCUUCAUCCAAACAUCUCGACAAGCUUGCAAAAUGCCUGGCUCCACUACAUGGCCUAGCUUAUGCUACACCAUCACUCAUUGGUCUCGCGGCCAGAAAGAUCUAUCUUCAUCGCAUCCACAUUGUUCAACCUGAGAAAGAACGAAGUAUGCAAUGGGGUAGCGACCUAGACGCCAUUUCGGCUUUAUUGGAAGGCAUUGGACCAGAAGAUGUCAUCGAAGAGGUCCUUGGGACUUCGGGGGCGGAAGCCCCUUUAUAGAGCUACGAUACCUGAUUCAGGCUUUCGAACAGUACACCAGAGUAUUCCGCUCGAACCCCAAGGCUUGGAUACACCCUCAUGCUCAUCUCCGCAAGGGGGACAACAUGAGGGAAUUUGGAAAGGCGAAACCACGCGAGGGGCUAGUAGUCCUCGCAGCAUCUCCUAGGCAGAGAAGCAGACCGUCAUGCUACUCCACAGAUAAUACCCAAUAGAACAAUGAAUAACAACAGUGAGCAACGAAUACUAAAUAGUCAAAAAUACGGUCA